CACGUUGCCGCCAAUCCACCCAUCCCCAUGCCGUUCCACCAUGGAUCCUCCAGCUCCAAGCGUCGUGCGCUGCGCCUACGUGGUGCCCAACAAGGGCCGGCGCUGCCGUUUCCCUGUGGUGCCGGGCAGUGUAUGGUGUGGCGCCCACCGUGAGGAGGGCGGCGAGCAGAGUCAGAAGCGGAUCCCUUGCCCAUUGGACCCGAACCAUACCGUCUUCCAGCACCGACUGAAGCAGCAUUUGAAGGUUUGCACCAAAGUUCGAGAUCAACACGUGAUUGAGAAGCAGCCCUUCUACAAGCAAGGUGUGAAUCUGGGAAGCACCUCCAUUCCAAGCAACUGAACUGGCUUCUCCAGACCCCUCAAAAGUUGAGGCACAAGAACGGCGGACAAAUCAUCAUUGCAGGUCCUAGGUCCAGUUUGUGCCGUUGUGCCUCGAGUUUUUGAGGGCGAUCGGUUUUUCCAGUGUUUCCCUUUUUUU